CAUGGUUUAGCAGAGGAGUCAGCUGGGAAGGAGCGGGUUGCAUGCUCAUGCGCUGAGGUUGCCUAUAGACACAGCAGUAGCCUGGAGCUGCCGCACUGACACUGAGGAAGGGCUUUGCCUGCGUUCGCUUAUCAGACCGUCUGCACCAGCUGAGGCGUUUAUAUCCCGUGUCCAUUCCCCACAGCCUGUGUGGGAUACACUCCUGUCACUGUCACAUUUCUCCCUCCCGUUGCGCUCGGUUAACGGAUUUUACCGAGCCGUUUGCAACCAACCGUAAUCUCCCGCUCCUUGCCAAGGAGACUUGCGGUAUCUCUCCGGCUCCACACGUUCCUGGUGGCCAGCAGCAUGGAAGGAGGCGCCUAUGGAGCUGGCAAAGCUGGAGGAGCCUUUGACCCCCAGACAUUCGUCAGGCAGCCCCAUACAGUCCUUAGAAUGGUCUCCUGGGUCUUCUCCAUAGUGGUAUUUGGCUGCAUUAUUAAUGAAGGAUACAUAAAUGCUUCAACUGAAGCGGAAGAGCAUUGCAUCUUCAACCGAAAUUCAAGUGCCUGCGCCUAUGGGGUGACUGUAGGGGUGCUUGCAUUCCUAACCUGCCUGCUGUACCUAGCAGUAGAUGUCUACUUCCCACAAAUAAGCAGUGUCAAGGACCGUAAAAAAACUGUCAUAUCGGAUAUUGCUGUGUCUGGUCUGUGGGCAUUCUUUUGGUUUGUUGGCUUCUGUUUCUUAGCCAAUCAGUGGCAGGUUUCCAACCCAAAUGACAACCCCAUGAAUGAAGGAGCAGAUGCUGCAAGAGCAGCCAUCGCAUUUUCCUUCUUCUCCAUUUUCACUUGGGCCUUCAUAGCAGUGCUGAGGCACCAGCAUCUGAAAGAAAUUGUCUUCCAGGAGGAGUACAACAGACUUUUCCCCCCUACCCCCCAGUCCUUCCCUUAAUGUAUGAUUAACAAAUGAAGGGGUGCACUGCUCUUCAAUGCUUCAGCCUCUAUGUGCCAAUAAUUUCUUUAUUAUAGUGUUUCAGGGUUUCUGUUGUAGUUAUUUAACUAUACUAUCCACUAAUGGGCUAGUAUGGUGAUGCUGAUGCCAAAGCCUUUUUUAUUGUACUCCCACAGAUGUGGCGUGGUUUACAUCCUGCAGCAAUACACUGGCAGGACAUGUACAUAUCAGUAUUUUAGCAUUUCGGGCAAAGCCUUAGAAGAGGCAGUCUAAAAAGUCUGCCUUAAUGCCAAGAUGAGAUUGCAAACAAAACAUGCCAUAUUUCCCAUAUACAUGUGAAUAUUGCCAAGUUUUACAUUGCACCUUCCAUGUUCCAAAGAGCUCCAGUCUUUAGUAUGGACUAUGGUACCAGGGGAAUUUGUCUGCUGUUGCCCUCAGACAGAAAACACUGAAUACUCCAGGAGGGAAAGCACCCUGUCUGAAGCACACGGAGUGAUCACAGGCAGACGUCCAGACAUGAGCAUACAAUACAGUCAUUGCUAUUCAUAGACAGCAAGCAGAGGGGGUGAUUGUUCUCCACCUGAGGGCAGCCGCAAACAAAAUUGCUCUGUGUGGCCUGUAAAGUCAUUUUAAAAUAAUACAGAUCACAUAGUAAACUCCUUCCAGAAAAAUAUGUCUCUGCUUCUUAUAUUGUUUGCACACAGUUAUGUCUGCUAACAUUGGUGUAGUCUGACUGGAAUUUCACUUGCUGCCCUGCACACAUCUCUGUGGGCAGAAAGAAUUAUUGCCACUGUUUACACUAUAUAAUAUUUAUUUGUUUAUGUGCAUCUCACUUCUGCAGUACAUCACUUAUCUCAGGAAGUAAAUGCUGAUAAAGGCCAAGGGAGAACAAAUAAAGGUGCACUCAUAGUUAUUAGAAAUAUGUGAAACUUCUUUAUUUUUAAUUUUCUGAUUUAACAAAUACUAACCAUGGUGAUGGGUGUCUGUCUCUGUCUUCUCCUCCUCCUAUGUCCCUUUUGUUCACCGCACAUCCUCACCCACUUUACCCUCUCCUAUCCGUUACACAAAGGCGGGACAAGCUGUGCUAGCCUAUCAACGAUACCGUCUGGGCUCCGACUCUGCGCUGUUUUCUCAGGACUACAUGGACCCAAGCCAAGACCAAGGGCCUCCUUAUCCCCCUUAUGCCAGCAAUGAAGACUUAGAUCCCUCUGCAGGUUAUCAGCAGCCUCCCUCAGAUGCCUAUGAUGCUGGCUCACAAGGUUACCAGACCCAGGAUUACUGAAGGCCCCCAAAAACAAAUGUCCCUGGCUGAGAUGUUAGGAACUCUUUGUGGUUUUUAUUUCCUUUAAAGGCACUGGCCUCUUUGAUAGCAAAAGGGUUACAAAACAUUCUUAUUUUUUACCAUAGGGUGAGGGAGAGAGUAUAUUUAUUUUUGGUUAGUUUAAAAAUACUUGAUUUUUCUUGCCUGUUAUCAUUUUGAUUGUUAUUUUUGGAAUUAUUGCAGUUUUGCCAAUCCAAUUCCUUGUGGUUUCCAGGUUUUUUUUUUUGUAACCAUGCUAUUUUUGUGUGUCUGUUUUCAUUAAAAUGAUAGGACUUUUGCCCAUUUCAAUUCUUAGUAUUCUCUGGGCCAUAAAAACCCUUUCACUGGACAAAUUUCUAUAUUGUAAAUUAUAACAACUUAUUCCACAUGCAGUUUAAUUUAAAUAUAGAUUCUACUAGAGAGUUAAGUGUAUUUCUGUAUUUAUAGAGGGUUAGCAACAGAAUACAGAAAAGAAUAUACCGGUAGCUUAUUUAUUAGUCUCCCAGACCCCAUGAGAUUUUCCUAUGUUAGAGCUACAGCGAAUGCAACACAAAUGCAAAUAUAUAGGGAAGCUAUUAUGUUUCAAAUAGCUUAAUUUCUUUAGAACAUCUUUGGUGUAAAAACACAGUAGAUAUUUAACUCCCUCCGGACAGCAGCCAUUCCAGUGGGAGUUACAAAAAUAGGAGCCAUGCGUUACAUUAUAUAUUUUAUAUAACAAGGUUUGCUUUAAUAUUUGCAGACUAUAAUAUAAUAUAUAGAACUUGCUAAGACCCAAAUAGGUAAAAUAGUACUUACUCACAAGUACUCCCAAUUCAGUUGUAAAGUUCUGCGAGAAUCGAGCAGUAGUUGUAGCACACUGAAGCUUUUGGUCUGAAUCCCCGAGGAUCAGAAGCGAUUAUGAGCCUUGGAUUGGACCAGUCUCACACGAUCUCUUGUUCUGAGUUCUAAAGCCUUUAACAUAUAAAUAUGCUAGUCUUCUGAAUACCCAUUUUCAUAUAAAAGCUAUUUUCUAUAAAGGUUUGGCGUUCUAAGAUACUUUAGUUUAGUCAUUGUUUGGUUUCCACAAUUUUUGUUGCAAAAUUUUUGAUUCAGUAGAGAGUGAAUGGGCUCGUGGCAAGAAAAGAAAUUGUACUUUGUAAAAUUGCUGCUAUUAAUUGCUGCAUUUAUUACUAUUAAUGUUAUUUAGCCCUUUUGGCUUCACCCUGAAACUAAUGGCACCUAUGCCAUUUUGCUUCCGUGCUUUAGCAAAAAUAUUGUCAAAAAUACGUUUCCAAAAGAUGACAGAUAUGGAUUUCCACAGUAAAAAAUAUCACUGGAUUAAUGAAUACAUAAAAUUACAAGACAUUCUGUAAUUUGUACAGGUAAUAUAUACAUAUCCAGCCCAUUUAUUCAUUAAAAUGAAAAUGUAAAAUGAUCUGUCCUUGAUUACACAGAAUUUGGCUGCAAAUAAGAGCCAUCUUUGACUAGCUCUAUAGGGCUUAAUUGGCAAGCAUCAUACAUAAUGUACUUUGAGCAAUGUGUGGGAUAUAUGAAGGUAAUGUCCAAUUAAGUAAUUACCUGCUUAGUGUGAUGUCCCUACGUGAGUAGUGCCAGGUUGUGUGUGACACACAAAUACUAUAUGGUCAUCAGGUGACACUACACCAACAAUAAGAUCAGUUGGUUCUCCAACAGUCGUAAAAUUGCAGCUCUACUUUGCUCACUAGCUUCCGGCAGUAAGGGUGCAGGGAGUUCCACAACACAGAUAGUUUGCCUUGAUAGUGAUAGUGGGACAGGAUUUGGAUUGCGCAAAAAGCAGAGAACAAAGGCCUUUUGUAAUGCUUCCACAAAUAUCUAUGUGUCUUGCUCAGCAUUGUCAUUUUCUAAAAGAAAUAAAUGGUACAUGUGAUAUUAAAUCCUGUUUAGCGUACAAGAGAUAGUAAAGCCAUGGAAUAUUUUGCACAGAAAAUAUCAAAGAGCUUUAUUCAGGGACAUUUGGUGUUACACUACUGAUAACAUAAAAGUAUUAAAAUAUUUAUCGUUUAUUUUAUUCAUUUGAUCUUGUUUGUUUUGUGCUAGAAUCCUGUGCUUACAAAAAAGACUAAAAAAAAGUCCUAUUCAAAACAAAAAUAUGCUAUAUAUUAAGAGAAUAUCCCUGAGAUUUACUUUUAACAUAUGUUAAAUUAUAAGGGCUUUACUUAAUCAGUAUAUAUCUGGGGGGGGGACGACAAUACCACUUGCCUCACGUGAAGCAAUUGUCAUAGACACCAAUGCCACAGUACCAUCUUGUGGCCAUAUAGAGAUGGUUCUAUUGUUAUAGUUGUGUUGCGUUAUUCUGUUAUUCAUUUUUAUACUUGAAAAGGAUUAUACAGAUACAUAGGUGAAAUCCAGAAAGGACAGUGCUUUUCCUAUAAAAUAAAGUGAUUAUUGGCUUUUCUGGCAUUCCCUCAAUACCACUGUACUGAUAUGAUGUUGGAUGCAAAACACAUAGCAGCAACUAUGACUUCUGAUGUAUUGUGCACUUGCCAUAUAAUUGUUUUAUGAUAUGUAGAAUAUUGUUCAUUUCAGGGUUUAUUUACAAGAGGGGGAUAACAUUGAAGCUGUAUAUUUUGCACCUUCUGUAUAUACCAGCUUUAAUUCCAGACAGAUGUCAUUGGAAGCUUUUUUGUAUUGUCUUUAGAAUUAAUAAACAGAAUAACAUAGUAGUAGGCACAAGGGUCAGCCUCCCAGCUCCACCUUCACCUUCCUGUAUGCAUAUAAUUGUAUGACAUCAUUCUUGGUGCUCAAAAAGUACAGUUUUGGUGAUGUUUUUAAGACACAUGCUUGUUUAGCUUUACAAACAUUAAAGUCAUUUAAUCAAUUAUGGAAAAA